CUGUGUGAGCGCGCGUGUGUGUGUAUGUGUGUGUGUGUGAUAGCGGCACUGAAGGAGAAGUGGCGGCUCUCCGACUGAGAUUCUCCGCGGAAAAGAGAAAUAUCGACUUUUGGAGGUCAGGUGACAGGAAGUGGACCCUGAGGACAAGAUCACAUGUUGCCUUUUGGGAGGAGGUCAAUGCCUGGGUGGCGGCGGGGGAAGGGACGGCGGGGGUCUCCUCACCAUGAGGUCACUCACACUUUGAGGGCGUCAGCUAUGUUGGAGACGGCCGGAGAAACCUUUUGAGUCCUCGGGGGAGCGCGAGGGCGGUGCACCCCCCACAGCCCCCUUCCCCCCCUUUGUCUCCCACCAUGUCCAACGGCAGCCUCCCGCUGGAGAACGUCUCCAACAACUGGAGCUGCAGCAAGAACGACGACUUCAAGUACCCGCUGUACAGCAGCGUCUUCAGCCUGGUGUUCGUGGUGGGCCUGGUCACCAACGUGGCCGCCAUCUACAUCUUCACCUGCUCCCUCAAGCUGAGGAACGAGACCACCACCUACAUGAUGAACCUGGUGGUGUCCGACCUGAUCUUCGUCUUCACGCUGCCCCUGAGGGUCUUCUACUUCAUCAACCGCAGCUGGCCCUUCGGCAGGGUCCUGUGCAAGGUGUCCGUCUCGCUCUUCUACACCAACAUGUACGGGAGCAUCCUCUUCCUCACCUGCAUCAGCGUGGACCGCUUCCUGGCCAUCGUGCACCCCUUCCGCUCCCGGACGCUGCGGACCAAGCGCAACGCCAAGAUGGUGUGCGUGGCCGUGUGGGCGCUGGUGCUGUCGGGCAGCCUGCCCACCGGCUUCCUGUUGGGCACCACGUCGCCUGAGGGGAACCGCGCCAACGCCACCUACUGCUUCGAGAACUUCUCCUCCUACCAGUGGAAGGUCCACCUGUCCAAGGUGGUGAUCUUCAUCGUGACGGUGGGCUUCAUGAUCCCGCUGCUGCUCAACGUGUGCUGCUCCAUCAUGGUGCUGCAGACGCUGUGGCGGCCCCACAAGCUGAGUCGCGGCGGCAAGCUGAACAAGAGCAAGAUCCUGCGCAUGAUCGCCGUGCACCUGUCCAUCUUCUGCUUCUGUUUCAUCCCCUACAACGUCAACUUGAUCUUCUACUCGCUGGUGCGCACCAAGACGCUCAAGGGCUGCUUCGUGGAGUCGGUGGUGCGCACCAUCUACCCCAUAGCGCUCUGCAUCGCCGUCUCCAACUGCUGCUUCGACCCCAUCGUGUACUACUUCACCUCCUCGACCAUCCAGAAUUCCUUCAAGAGGAAGUCUCAGGCGGACCAGCGUGAGUUCUGCCAGCACCUGCGCUCGGAGUCCAACUCCAACCUGCAGUGCAGCCUGAAGAACCUCAAAGCCAAAGUUCUUUACAACGAGUCUUCAGUGUGACAACUCUCUGACCGUUUGACGCCACACCACUUUCCUGGAACUUUGGAUCUCAAGACCCGCUUGAAUCCUCCGUUGUGGAAUUUCCAAAGAGCCGGAAGGAAACGUGACUGAAGUCUUUGCUACUGAACUGAAGUCAAGUUGGAAUUUCCGAGUUCCUAGUCGGAAGUUUCAACCGGACACCCUUUUGAGGUCGGAUUUCCUACUCUGAAUGUUUUUCAAAGUUCAAAGCCAAAGUUCUUCAUGACAACUCUCUGACCGUUUGUGGCAGGUUUGUGGGAACUUAACAUUUGCGAGGCUGGCUUGAAUCCUCCGUUUUUGGAAUUUACAGUCAUUGUGGGAAAGAGCCGGAAGGGAACGUGACUGAACUGAAGUCUUUGCCACUGAACUGAAGUCUAGUCGGAAUUUCCGAGUUCCCAAUCGGAAGUUUCAACAGGAAAGCCCCUUGAGGGCGGAUUUCAUCGGUUGGUGGGAACUUUGGAUUUGCGAAGCUGGCUUGAAUCCUCCGUUGUGGUAUUUACCGUUACUGCAGCAAAAAGCCUCAAGGGAACGUGACUGAACUGAAGUCUUUGCCACUGAACUGAAGUCUUUGCUGCAUGUGUGUAGUUUGUUUGUCACAGUGUAAUGGUGCGUUCUAUUUGGACUGGGAAGUCGGAAUUUCCGAGUUCCUAGUCGGAAGUUUCAACUUGACACUCCUCGAGGUCGGAUUUCCUACUCUGUAUGUUUUUCAAAGUUCAAAGCCAAAGUUCUUCACGAGUCCUCGGUGUGACAAGUCUCUGACAGUUUGUGGGGGUUGGCAACACACCACAUUGAGGGAAUUUUGGAUUUACGAGAAGACUCAAGGGAACGUGACUGAACUGAAGUCUUUGCCACUGAACUGAAGUCUUUGCCACUGAACUGAAGUAUUUGCUGCAUGUGUGUAGUUUGUGUGUUGGUCACAGUGUAAUGGUGCAUUCCAUUUGUACUGGGAAGUCGGGAUUUCGGAGUCCCUAGUCGGAAGUUUCAACCGGAACGCCCCUUCAGGUCGGAUUUCCGACUGAAUGUUUAUCAAAGUUCAAAGCCAAAGUUUUUCACGAGUGCUCAUGUGACGACACUUGGGCCAUUAGUGGCGGUUCGACGCCACACCACUUUCAGGGAACUCCCACUUUGCAUUUAUGAGGCAUGCUUGAAUCCUCCGUUGUGGGAUUUGCCGGAAUCGAACGUGACUGAACUGAAGUAUUUGCCACUAAACUGAAGUUUUAGCUGCGCGUGUGUAGUUUGUGUGUUGGUCAGUGUAUUAGUGCGUUCCAUUUGUACUGGGAAGUCG